CGGUGAAAUCAGUACUCCACUCGCCUAUAUAAAUGGGGCACGAAUGGAAGGCUAGCAAGUAGCACACACUCGUCGAGGAUUCCUGCCGAGCAAAAACCAGAUUCCCGGCUAGAGAGGUUUUGGUGGCCAUGGAGAUGGAGCGUGACUUCCAUAUGGCCAACGGAGAAGGAGAUACCAGCUACGCCAAGAACUCGACGCAUCAGCGGAAAGCUUUGCUCGAGACAAAACCAGUGCUCGAAGAGGCUGUGAGAGACGUGUACAUGGAUCUGCCGAAUCCAACGAUACUGACCGUUGUGGACUUGGGCUGCUCUUCAGGCGAAAACACGCUCCUCUUCGUCUCCAAUGUGCUGGCAGCGAUACGCUGCCAUGGCGACAAGCUCCCGCGGGGCAACCAGCUCGUGGAGCUCCAGUUCUUCCUCAACGAUCUACCGGGAAACGACUUCAACCAUGUCUUCCAGUCGCUCCAACGGUUCAAGGAGUCCAUGGCAGUAAUUCCUAGUAAGCGAGAAGAAAGACGGCCUCCCUUCUACAUUGCUGGGUUGCCCAGCUCCUAUUACACCAAGCUUUUACCUCGCCAGAGUGUCCAUCUGUUUCACUCUUCAUAUUGCCUUCAUUGGCGCUCUCAGCUUCCGGAUGAAUUAGUGGGGAAGGCAGGAAUGUAUCUAAAUAAAGAGAACAUUUACAUAGCGAAGAGCACGCCACCGCAUGUAGUGAAGUUAUACCAGGAGCAAUUUCAGAAGGACAUGUUGUUGUUCCUCAAGCUGCGAUAUGAAGAACUGGUGGUCGGAGGACAAAUGGUGUUGACGUUUCUUGGCAGGAAAGACGAGGAUGUAUACACCGGAGCCAUGAGCCACCUCUAUGGGUUGCUUGCGCAAUCUAUGGAAACUCUUGUUCAAGAGGGCCUUGUAAAGCGGGAAAAGCUCGACGCUUUCAACUUACCCUUUUACGGGCCAUCGGUCGAUGAAGUGAACGACAUAGUCAAGGCGAGCGGACAAUUCGACAUAAAUCACAUCAAAUUGUUCGAGUCCAACUGGGAUCCUCAUGACAAGUCUGAGGGUGAUGAUCCCCUGCACGAUCCUCUCAGGAGCGGUAAGAAUGUCGCCAAGACCUUGAGGGCGGUGAUGGAGCCCCUUUUCGUGAGCCAUUUCGGUGAAUCCAUCAUCAACAGACUCUUCGACAAAUUCGCAUAUAAUGUGGCAGCGCACCUUGAGAGGGAGAAGACCAAGUACUCCAUCAUCGUGCUGUCUUUGAAAAGAAAAUAAUGAGCGUGUGUAUGAGUUCCAUGUGUCUAUUUAACAAUUUUAUCUUAUUCGUAUAGCAUGGAUCUAACUGACUGGGUCUAGAUCUUUGUUCAAUUCAGUUUUUGCAUGUAUGUAUGGCACCGCGAAUUCUGAAGAAUUUUAAAUCGAACCAAAUUGCCCUGUCGGGAAAGACAUGCUA